AUGGCGCUAUAUGAUUUGUUAGCAAUCGGGUUAGUUGAAAAAGACAACAAUGGAGACAGUCUGUAUGUGUGGUCAUAUCCUUCAGUCACAAGUGAUUUGCAAGAAAAAUUCCUUCAACGCAGUAACAUGGCAACUGAUUCUUCCCCUUGUAUUCAGUUUCUUUACAGCCAAACAAGUCAUCUUUGGUAUUACAUAUUCACCAAUCAAGUGCAACAACCAUGUCAAAACUUAGCAAAGGUGAGAUUUGUCUCCCUGAUUUUAAUCACCAAAGACUUUCAACCCGAGAAAUACAAAGCUCUGUGUGAACUUUUGUUGAUGUCCUAUUUGAAAUCAGGAGAUCCGAUUGAAAUAUUAAAACUCUACCUAAGUGUCAUUACCAAAGGCAGCUGUGCGAGUGGUAACAACAGCAGUUUUUCUGUAUCUGACUUUAGUCAGAGACAAGCAUAUGCCAAAGCUGAUCUCAGAAGUGUUAUCGAAUCCUUUGCUGUUGAGACAAUCCUAAUCUACACAGCACUCAUGUUGAAAAAGCAUGUUGUUGUCUAUCACCCUAAUAUUGAGGAACUUUUACAUUUUAUGAGGAGUUUGCCAGGUUUGGUGUGGCACCGACAGGACUGGAGUAUUGUCAUUCCAUUUAUUACAUUAGAUAAUCAGGAAGUUAAUUUGGAUCUAAAGGGCCGGUCCAGUUAUGUGGCUGGUUUCACAGAUGCUUCUAUCCAGAACAGGACAGAUCUUUAUGAUCUAAUGAUCAAUCUGCAGUCUUGUGAAAUAACUGUCGCUCCUUCAGCCAAAGAGUCACUUGCACUGGGUAAACUGCAUAAAGAAAUAGCAAUGUUCAUGGUGCAAUGUGCAGGAGAUGUGCAACUCUCCAAUCAGCAAGUCAUUAAGGAAAUCUCAGACAAAACCAAGGAACUUUUAAACAACAUUAAGGCAUUUUCUGUACCAGAUGAAGAAACAGGCAAACCAUACAUUACAAUGGAACUCCUGCAAAGCAGGAAAAUGCCAAAGACAACUGAAAAUUUCCUCUACAGUUUGUCUGUCUGUGAAGGAAUGGUCAAGUUAUAG